AUAUUUGUGAAGCUAUGUUCAGAUCCUGGACAAAGUUUAUAGUACCUAUUAUGCGUAGUAGACACAACUGAAAAAUAUUCUUACCUGUACAGGUAGUACUAAUAUCUAUAUAAAAAAUAAUUGCACAGCCAGGGAAUCGAAUCCGCAGCCAUCAGAAAGUGAAAAAGGUAAAAAUGAACUAGGUGUAAGAAAAUACCCGCAUACCUUAAAUACCAACUUUUAUUGCGUAGGUACGUACAUACACGUGAGACGAUUAUAAGUAGGUAGGUGUUAUACUCCGAUAAAACCAUUUAUAUAAAAAAACUGCACUCGGCGGCACGUGACACAGCGAGCGGUGGUAACAAUAAUGUAAUCACUGGCCGAUUUGCGGAGGGUGUCACGCAGAUUUAAGAAGUGACAACAAGUGCUAGCGCGAACCCUCCACCCUCCGGGCGACGAGCUGCUAUAUAAUGCGCACAACCCUCCGGCGGCUGGCACUCAUCCCCGCAACCUGUGGCGUGAAGCAAGUGCUACACGUGUCACGUGGUGCUCGCAUGGUGCACGCGGUAGUCGAGGCACGAGUUGUGGCUUGCGGCUGCAGCGUUGCAGCGCGAGAGCAUGCCGGUGGUGGCGGCGCGCGGCGGCCUCCCGCGCGGGACUCUCUCGCGCGCAUUCUCCGCCAUACAUUUGGUACAAUCAGCGCAGACCACUUUUGAAGACGUUAUGUACAUAGACGUGGACGAGUCGGGUUUGAUCUCGAUCGAAGGCGAGUGUGCGGGCGGCGCCGCGCCGGCGGCGGCGGCGGCGGCGGCGGCGGCGGCGCGGCUGGCGCCCGACGUGCACGCGCGCACGGCCGAGCUGGCGGCGGCCGACGUGCGCGGCGACGUCGCUCUGCGGCUGCGGCUGCUGGCCGACCUGCAGCCGCACCAGGAGCUGCUGCUCUGGUUCGACGACCGCGUGCUGGCACUCGCCGACAUGCCUUUUCUCGCGCUCCGUAACAUUAAAGGAAAGAAAAACUACGAGUGCCACGAGUGCGGUGCACAGUUCGAGCAGCCGAACCCGCUGAAGGUGCACCUGUUCCUGGCGUGCGGCCCGUACUCGCCGCUCGCCUUCUGGCGGCAGUUCGGCGCGCGCCUCGCCGCCGCCGCCGCCGGCCGCGCGUCCUCCUUCCGCCCGUACGCGCCGGUGACGCCGGCCGCGCCGCUCGCGCCGGCCGCGGCCGCGGGCGCGGCGGAGGCGGCGGAGGCGGCGGCGCGGCUCGAGGCGCUGGCGGCCGAGUGGGGGCGCGCGCGCGGCGGCCACGUGUGCGUGUACUGCGGCAAGCUGUACUCGCGCAAGUACGGGCUCAAGAUCCACAUCCGCACGCACACCGGCUACAAGCCGCUGCGCUGCCGCUACUGCCUGCGCGCCUUCGGCGACCCGAGCAACCUCAACAAGCACGUGCGCCUGCACGCGGCCGGCGGGGACGGCGCGGCCGGCGCGGACGGCGCGGGCGGCGGCGGCGCGGCGCGGCUGGCGUGCGGCGUGUGCGGCAAGCGGCUGGGCCGGCGCCGCGACCUGCUGCGCCACGUGCGCGCGCGACACAGCCCGUGCGCGGUGCCCUAGCGCUGCCGGCGCCCGGUCGCGCCCGUCCAAUCUCUACUUAUUGACCACUACAUUGUAGCGUCGAUUGGCGACUCGUAAUACCUAACUAAACUAAGUACGGAACAGCAAAAUGUUUACUGUUUAUGUUCAGAAAUUUAAGGUAUAGAGAUUUUUCAUAUUGUAGACCUUUUGUUAGAUAUCGUUUAUUCUAAGUUUCACUCGAUUCGAAAAACUUAUUUUGAGCGCAACGAACAAGUGAACGAGAUCGACUCUGUUGAAACUUUGUCCAUUUGUUCUAGCACACACUGUUCACGCUAGCUCUGUUCCUGAGACCACAGAUAAUAUAAUACUAUACUAGCGUGUUUUAUCUUGACACGCCAUUUAAAAGUCAUUUACGUCAUUAUUUUGCCUACUUCUGAAACCACGUAUACGAAAUAGUGAGAUAUUAUACUAUAAACAUAAAUAUUUCAUGCCCAAUGACCGGAACAAGCUAGUCGCUAUGAGUAGCAGCUGUUCACAAAUAUGACGCACCUCGAUUUUAAGGAAACCAGCAGCUCGACCCACCUCCUAUAGCUGUUAUAUAGCAGCAGAAUCAUAAAGAAUAGAAGAGUUAAAAGAAUUUGUAAACAAAUGUAUUGAAUAAAGAUUAUUUCUAUUGUAUAUCGGCGAUACGACCGACUACACGCCGCGUCAAUUAGUCGAGCCAUUACGUGGACCAUGUGAUACAUAGGCAGCAUUUUGCUAACGUAAUAUUAAAUAAAUAUAUUUAUAUUAUAGUGAUAAUUUGUUAACUAAUUGUAAAUUAUAUUAAAUCUACAUUUGUACAAUAAGCACUUAA